AGAGCACUGUAAAUAAUCUUUUAAUGACAGGUCAUAACUUGUCUGCUAUUCGCAGAAUCUUGGUUUGUGUGUGUUGUUUUCGUUUUGAAUGGUGGUGGAAGAGGUUAAAAUCAUCAAACUUACGAUCCAAGAACGUUUGUUGGUGCUGCUUUGACAUUCUCUGAGGAAAAAAUAGUUCUUCGACGCUCACUGCACCGAUGGAGGGUGUGGAAAAGACGAAGCGAGAAGUAGAUGCAGAGAUGUCUGACGGUUCGCAGGAUGUAAAACCGGACACUUUCAAGAAACCCCAGCUAUGCUUGGUGGGCCCUCGUAAGAGCAAAGGAGCGAAAGUUCGUGUCGUUGACAGCCCAGCGGAAUCCAAGGAGAAAGAAGAGAAGGACAAGGGCGUCAUUGCCGAGACGACGGACGCUGCCAUGCCAGUUAGUGAACCCGAAGCCAGUGCACCUGAUGUUCUCAAACCGCCAGCAGACCCAGAACCCAGAACGUCAACAUCCAAGCCAAGAGCGCAGGGUGCACCUUCCCAGAAAUUGAAGGAGACCCCGAUACCAUACUUGGAGCCAAAGUGGGGUGGUAUCCCCACUGAACCAUAUAGCUUAGACAUAAUCAAGUCAGGCACUGUUCUAGAGCCGCUAAACCUUAGCACGAAAUCGCACUAUGUAUUUGGGCGCCAGACUAACUGUGAUGUCCAAAUGGCUCACCCAACAGUAUCAAGACAUCAUCUUGUUAUUCAGUACAGUCGGGGCACUGAAGAGAAACCUCAGGGAUUUUACUUAUAUGAUUUAGGAAGUACUCAUGGUACAUUCUUAAAUAAAAACAAAGUGCGACCGUCAAUGUUCAUCAGGUUGAAGGUUGGACACCAAAUUAAAUUAGGAGCAAGCAGUCGACUUUAUUUACUUCAGGGACCCUCCGAAGACAUGGAAGAAGAAUCUGAACUGACUGUCACCGAACUGAAAGCAAAGCGCCAGCAGGAACUUCAUGAAAGAGAGUUGGCAGCAAUCCAUCGAAAACAAAGAGAAGAAGAAGAAUUGAAAAAGAAAGAGGAAGAGCAAAAGAAAAGGGAAGAAGAGGGUAUCGACUGGGGAAUGGGGGAUGAUGCGGAUGAGGAGACAGAUCUCUCGGAGAAUCCUUAUGCAGCCACAACUAACGAAGACCUUUAUAUUGAUGAUCCCAAAAAAACUUUACGAGGGUGGUUUGAGCGAGAAGGGCUUGAGCUCGAGUAUGACGUUGAGGAGAAGGGCCCUGGACAAUUCCUGUGUAGAGUUGAAGUUCCGGUUGAAGGAGCUCGUGGUGGCUGCAUGGUGGCAGAAGCCAUGCUAAAAGAAAAAAAGGAGGUAGUAGCACAGUGUGCUCUUGAGGCAUGUAGGCUUCUGGACAGAUUAGGACUUUUGCGGCAAGCCACCCAUGAAAGUAGAAAAAGGAAAGCUAAGAACUGGGAAGAGGAAGACUUCUAUGACAGUGAUGAUGAUACAUUCCUUGAUCGCACUGGGGCUGUGGAGAAGAAGAGGCAGCAAAGAAUGCACCAGGCUGGAAAAGGCGAAGAACAAGUAGAAACUUAUCAGUCUUUGUCUGAAAAACAUUCAAAUAUAUUGAAAAAAUUGGAAAGUUCUCAAUUGGAACUUCAGAAAGCUCAGAAAGAUCUUGCUGCUGCAAAAGCUAAAGCUGCUCGUGAUGAAGAUGGUGACACAUUAGACUCAUUUAUGAGCAAUCUCUCAAGUGUAGGCUGCACAGACAAAAAGCUUGUCAGCAAAUUAAAGCUGGAGCUUGCUGCAUUAAACAAAGAGGAAGUCCAACUACGAAAACUUGUCAAUAUUGCCAGGCCAGCAAGCCUACCAGAACUUGUUGCCCCAGUGCCUGUUUCUGAAGCAUCUGCAGCCAAAGACUCUAAUGCACUGAAAAAUAAAUUAAUGUCAGCAGCAAGGAAAAAAGCUAAUGAGAAAAGAAAGGCAUCACCUGGCACAUCUUCUAAUCAUAACAUAGAUCUUGAAGCUGCAAAUUCAGAUGAAGAAGAAGAAGAUGAGGGAAAAGAAGUUGACCAACUACCGAAGGGAGGAGAAAAUCGAAGUAUAAAUAAGACUAAAUCUGGCUCUGGAGAAACAGAUGAGAAAAAUAUGAAAGUCAAGCCAAAUUUACAACAGAGUGUUACUAUUGGGCCAGCUCGACCCGCGUUUUUGCAGGAACCUAAUAAGACAAGUAAAGAGAUUGAGGCGGAAGCAGGCUCUAGUGUGGAAGAACGCCUUCAGAGAUCAGAUAUGAAUAAUGAUGAUGUUGAUGCUAGUCACAAUGACAAAGAAGAUAACGAUAAUGAUUUAAGUGGCAAGGAAGCAGAGAAAAGGAAAAAAAGGAAUAGACGGAGAUUACUUCAAAGGAACGAAAAGGCCUUGGAAAGAACAAAAAGUCAUUAUGAUGCAUCUGAUCCUAAUUAUUCUGUGUGGGUACCACCAGAGAACCAGACAGGCGAUGGCAAAACCAAGCUCAAUGAGAAACUGGGUUAUUAGUAUGGCUGUCUGUGUUUUGUAGAAAAUAAUUGUACUAUGAACCUGGAAGAAUUAGAGGGGUAAAUUGAGAACACGUUCAAUUAAAUAUUUUGUUUUAUUGUCCA